AUGGAGGAUUUUGAUCCUGCUUUGUACCAUAACUUCCUGAAAAUGCCUUCUGAUGAAACAGAUCAUUAUCACCUUCAGCUUUCGAUGCAGACCAAUCACAACAACGCUAGCAAAACAAGGUAUAAGAAAUCGUCAGUAGAAGCAGUACAACAGCAACCAAACAAGGUUUUCUCAUGUGUUUACUGUACACGUCAGUUCUUGACUUCUCAAGCCUUGGGUGGUCAUCAGAAUGCUCAUAAGAGAGAAAGGGCUGCUGCUCGUAAAGCCCGCGAUGCUGCUAAGACUACUCGUUUAGAUACUAAUCACCAUUUUCAACAACAGUACUACUUACCAGAACCACCACCACCGCCAAUAAUAUCAGAACCACCAACUCCGCCAUCAUCAUUAUCUUCACCACCACCAGUAAUUUAUGACCAGUACCCUUCAUUUCAUCAGCAGCAACAACAGUCUUAUUGGUUUAUUAAUCAUCACCAAGUACCUAUUACUGAAAAUCCUGACUGUUUUGUUAAUAAUAAUAAUAAUAAUAAUAUCAUUUAUCAAAACGGAUAUUAUUACACUGUUCAUGACUCAGUCUCUCCUGUCUGCUCUGGUUGUUAUGAUUGUGAAGAUCAUACCCUUAUUCCUCACAGCAGCAACAACAACAACAUUGAUAACAUCCAUGAAACCGGAGAUAUCGAUCUUACCCUUCGUUUAUAG